CGUGGCCUUGCCGGUGCAUUGGCUGGUGGUGCCGCUGGUGCUUUUGGAGGCCACAAGGUCGGCGGCAACAUCGGCCACAGCAAGUCGAGCACCUUCAUUGGUGCCGUUGCCGGCGCUUUCGCCGGCCACAAACUUCAAGAUGGCGCGUCUGAUUGGAAGCACAAGCGGGACGAGGAGAAGCAUGAGCACAAGGACGACCACCACCAGUCUCAUGAGCACCACCACCACAGCAGCCAUAAUGAUGACAAGCCCCGCAGCGGCAACUAUGCUGGUGGCUUCACAGGCUCAUCCCGAGACAUCCGCCUGGACACCCACGGAGACUACAACCUUCACGCUUCCUGCAGACGUCGGGACGGCGAAUGGCAGAGCAGCACCAUCAGCCUGAACCGAAUUCUCGAGAACGACCAGGGUAGCUUCCGCUGGCGUAGCGGAGGCGGCCACAGCAGUGACUCGUCCUAUACUGUCCAGCAGGGCGACACCCUCCGCAACAUCGCUGCGAGAUACAACGUCGGGUUCGAAGAGAUCGCCAGGCACAACAACGUUUCCAACCCCGACCAGAUCUGGCCCGGCCAGGUUCUCCAGAUCCCAGGCCGUGGUGGCAGUGCGUCCGGUAACUUUGGGGCCUCCGCACGGGAUGUGCGCCUGGUGCAGGGUGGCCAGAUCCUCGAGGCUGAGCUGUCCAGGAACGGGCAAUGGGUCCGCAGCUCCAUCAACUUGGAUGAGAGAAUAGGAAACGACAACGGAACUCUGCACCUUGUUUAA